UCUCUUCCCUCAAUUCAAUGAAGCCUCAAGCUGCUCAGACCGAUCUCAGCUCUCUCAAACGCUCCCCGCCUUCAACCAUCUCUUCUUCUUCCUCUUCUCUCGUCACCACCCUUGUUGAUCAUAUCAAUAACCCUUCACACCCUCCUCCUCGUUUUCCUGAGAUAAACCUCAAAACUCCUAUGGUUAGGCCUUACGUUCGAUCCAAAAUGCCCAGGCUUCGUUGGACACCAGAUCUCCAUCGCUGCUUCGUGCAUGCAGUUCAGAGACUUGGAGGAGAAGACAGGGCCACACCAAAGUUGGUCUUACAGAUAAUGAAUGUAAAGGGGCUUACCAUAGCUCAUGUCAAAAGCCACCUUCAGAUGUACAGGAGCAUGAAGCAGGAGCAGAAGAGUGAAGGUACAAAGAAGAAGGCAGUGGCUCCGGAGUUUCUAGCCUCCACAUUCUCAACUCUUGGCUCAAGAUACACCCAACAGAAUCCUCACCAAAGAACCUGCACGGAACAGCUUCUUCCCACCCAUGCUCAACGGAAUGAUUGUGAGAGUGGAAAGCAUGGGGGUAAAUCGAUUAAUGAAGAGAAGAUGAAGUCCUACAUCAUCUUCGAGGGUCUUCUGAGUGACCAGACUGUCCAAGAGAAUAAAAUUGGUCCUGAAAAGGUGUCAUUAUGGGGUGACACCGGAUACCAAAGCGACCGUGAAAGAUUCCAUGACAGAAUUGCUGCUGCCAUCGGAGGAGGAGAGAUAAUGUGUGAGACCACACUGUCCUUAUCAAUGACCUCCAGGGCUACUUCACAUUCAUUCUUCAAUCGCAGCCACUCCGGUCCAGAUGCUAAUGAUGUCUCUCUUGAGCUCACGCUCGCUUAGAAUC